UCUGCAGUGUAGGAUAUAAAUUGAAGAUAACAUGUCCAAUGUACCACAGUGCUUAUCACUAUGAAUGCUGUCGCUGGUCUCAUAAUCGCGUGUCUGGCACUCACUGCCUACGGUUUGCCAGGUCCGCAAAUCACCGGCGGCAAUGAUGCUCUGGAUGACGCGUAUCCUUAUCAGGUGUCAUUGAGGACUGCACAUGAUGAAUACCAUUUUUGUGGUGGAGCUAUCAUUAGUGAACAUUACAUUAUCACCUCUGCCCAAUGUAUUGUUGGAUUCCUCAAGGAUCCUUAUAAAGUUUAUGUCGCCGUUGGAAGCAAUUAUCUUGAUGACAUGGUCAUAUAUCGAGCGAUAAAUUUGAUAGUACACGCUGGUUACAACAAAUUGCUACGUAUUAAUGACAUUGGUUUGAUCCGAACAUUGAACACCAUCACGUUUAACGAUAAAGUUCAGCCGAUUGCCUUGCCAACUGUAGAUCGCAAUUUCGAUGGUUAUCCCGUCUUAGCUACUGGCUGGGGACGACUCUGGUUGAACGGUCCAAGCCCUAAUCGCUUGCAAGAGAUUAUAUUGAGGGGAUAUUCCCACGAGUUAUGUAGCAGGUAUGAACACGUCAAGGAGACCCAUCUAUGUACCUUCACAAUGGAAAAUCAAGGAGCGUGUUACGGCGACGGCGGUGGUCCACUCGUUGCUAACAACGAAUUAGUUGGUCUGAUGUCGUACAGUUAUGGCCCAUGCGGCGCAGGUGCCCCUGACGUAUCCACCAGAGUAUUUUCCUAUCGAUCGUGGAUUAAGUACUACACAGGAAUCUGAUACUGUAUUAGAACUAUACACCUAUCGAAUGUCUUUCUGAAAUUUCUGACGAUUACUGCAAAGUGAAAAAUUUUGUGUAUUGUUGUUAAAAAUGGACCUUGUUAAAGUUUUUGUGUUAAAAAUGUAACAUACUUAUGU